AUGGCGGAGCCCAGCGACUCGCCUGUCCACCUCCAGCCGCCCCCGCCGCCGGCCGCUCCCGCCGCCUGGCCCAUCUGCAGGGACGCCUACGAGCUGCAGGAGGUUAUCGGUAGUGGUGCUACAGCAGUAGUCCAGGCAGCGCUAUGCAACCCCAGGCAAGAACGUGUAGCAAUAAAGCGGAUCAACUUAGAAAAAUGCCAGACCAGUAUGGAUGAAUUGCUUAAAGAAAUUCAAGCCAUGAGUCAAUGCAAUCAUCCCAAUAUAGUGACCUAUUACACGUCUUUUGUGGUUAAGGAUGAACUCUGGCUGGUUAUGAAGUUACUAAGUGGAGGUUCAAUGCUGGAUAUAAUAAAGUAUAUCAUCAACCGAGGGGAACACAAGAAUGGUGUCCUUGAAGAAUCUAUCAUAGCAACAAUUCUUAAAGAAGUUUUGGAAGGCUUAGAUUAUCUACACAGGAAUGGGCAAAUUCACAGGGAUUUGAAAGCUGGCAAUAUCCUUUUGGGUGAAGAUGGCUCAGUACAAAUAGCAGAUUUUGGUGUUAGUGCAUUUUUAGCGACAGGAGGCGAUGUUACCCGUAACAAAGUAAGAAAAACCUUUGUUGGUACCCCAUGUUGGAUGGCACCUGAAGUCAUGGAACAGGUGAGAGGUUAUGAUUUCAAGGCCGAUAUGUGGAGUUUUGGAAUAACUGCCAUUGAAUUAGCAACAGGAGCUGCACCUUACCACAAAUAUCCUCCUAUGAAAGUGUUAAUGCUGACAUUGCAAAAUGACCCUCCCACUUUAGAGACAGGUGUAGAGGACAAAGAAAUGAUGAAAAAGUAUGGCAAAUCCUUUAGAAAACUAAUUUCACUAUGUCUUCAAAAAGACCCUUCCAAAAGGCCCACAGCAGCGGAACUUUUAAAAUGCAAAUUCUUCCAGAAAGCCAAGAAUAGAGAAUACCUGAUAGAAAAGCUUCUGACUAGAACACCUGAUAUAGCACAAAGAGCAAAAAAGGUUGAGCAGAAUCCUGGGAAAACAGGCAUGAUGUCAGGUUCUGAGAAAGAGCAAGAUGGCAACAGAAGGGUUAGACGAGUACCUGGCUCUAGUGGCCAUCUUCAUAAGACGGAAGAUGGGGACUGGGAGUGGAGUGAUGAUGAGAUGGAUGAAAAGAGUGAAGAAGGCAAAGCUGCAUUUUCUCAAGAAAAGUCAAGAAGAGUAAAAGAAGAGGAGAAUACAGAGAUUUCCAUGAAUGCCACUAAUAUCCCAGAACAGAUCCAGAAUCUAUCUAUACAAGACCCUCAGUCCCUACCUACUGUUAGUGAUGAAUAUACUGAAGUUCCACAUGCAGUGAAUCUUGUUCUAAGAUUAAGGAACUCUAGAAAGGAACUUAAUGACAUACGAUUUGAGUUUACUCCAGGCAGAGACACGGCAGAUGGCGUUUCUCAAGAGCUGUUCUCUGCAGGCCUGGUUGAUGGUCACGAUGUAGUUAUAGUUGCUGCUAAUUUACAGAAGAUGGUAGAUGAUCCUCAGGCCUUGAAAACGUUGACUUUUAAAUUGGCUUCUGGUUGUGGUGGCACUGAGAUCCCUGAUGAGGUGAAACUGAUUGGGUUUGCUCAGUUAAGUGUCAGCUGA